CUGUUCUGACCUGGAAUGUUUUCUUUCAGUGACUAUCUGUUCAAGCUCCUCCUCAUUGGAGACUCUGGAGUAGGAAAGUCCUGUCUCCUGCUGCGUUUUGCGGAUGACACCUACACAGAGAGCUACAUCAGCACCAUCGGUGUGGACUUCAAGAUCCGCACCAUCGAGUUGGAUGGCAAGACCAUCAAACUGCAGAUUUGGGACACUGCAGGUCAGGAGAGGUUUCGUACCAUCACCUCCAGUUACUACCGCGGAGCUCAUGGCAUCAUUGUUGUAUAUGAUGUGACAGAUCAGGAGUCCUAUAACAACGUCAAGCAGUGGCUGCAGGAAAUCGACCGCUACGCCAGUGAAAAUGUCAACAAGCUUCUGGUGGGCAACAAGUGUGACCUGACCACUAAGAAAGUAGUGGACUACACAACAGCCAAGGAGUUUGCCGACUCCCUGGCCAUCCCCUUCCUGGAGACCAGCGCCAAGAACGCCACCAACGUAGAGCAGGCCUUCAUGACCAUGGCGGCAGAGAUCAAGAAGCGCAUGGGCCCCGGGGCCACAGCCGGCGGAGACAAGCCCAACCUCAAGAUCGAUAGCACUCCUGUCAGGCAGUCCGGAGGGGGCUGCUGUUAAAGACCCCUCGCUCCACACCCGCCCGCCCCGACCAUCACCUCCACCAUUCCCACUGAAAUCUCCCUCUCUUCUCCGUCUGUGUUCCCUCACCCCCCCACUCCUCCAUCACACCCCCCUCUAUCCGCCCUUCUGGAGAUCCGGGGGCGGUUGAUCAGAGGAGUAAACUGUAAGAUUGUUAAGAUUAGAAAACACAUUGAAACAUUUGGGCCCCGACACCCGUCAAACAGCGGAGAGAGGAAAGGGAGGGACACGGAGGCCACUUUUACUUUCUGCCAAGAGGACAGAGAGGAAACAGGGGGAAGAUUGCUAUUGAUUUAGGAUGGAAGUGAGGCAGUGGAAGAUUAGGUUUAGAUAAAAGUGAGCUUAUUGCUACACACACACACACACACACACACACACACACACACACACACACACACACACAGUAGCGGGGGGGGCAGAGGUUCAAAAGAUUUUAGCCUUUUGGCAAAACUCUUUCCUCCUCAGGCUGUGUCUGUCUUUGCUGAUCUCAUCUCUCGCCUCAGCCCUACUUUCAUCCCUGGAAUUAUUUACACACACACACACACACACACACACACACACACACACACACACACUAGAUUCUCUUUCCCUGAACAGUGACUCAUGGUUUGAAAUAUAUUGAUGGAGAUCCAAGGGAAAGCUUCUCCCUCCAUCUGUCCUCUCCCUGAAGCCACUCUGUGUCUUAAGGUGUGUUCAGACAGGAAGCAAUGACACUCUUGUGGUUUAUCAUUCACGUGCUCUCCACAACUUGCUGUUCUAAUGCUUGACUCGCCCUUUUUAUGCGCUGUCAGUUGAAAGGAAACAUUUGCCUCUUCCAACUACGAGCUAAGACAGUAAUUGGCAAACAGCCAAUCAUAUUGCAGCGGGUCAACAGGCCCAACCACCUACACUUGGCAUCAGAUGUGUGCUAUCCCCUUUGAUUGUCAAAGGCUUUGGACAAAGCAUUAUGUAGUUUCCCCACAAACUAUUAUAUCCAACUGCUGUUCUUAAACUGUGGAUUGUUGUUUUAAAUUCUGCUUCAACCAAGGAUUUAUAUUACUAUUCAUUUCUCUGUAACUCACACUACCAUCUGGUAGGGCAGCAGUGGACACACGUCUGAUCCCAGACCCCCCGAGUGAACCUGCACCUGUUUAUGCCUUUCCAUAGAGUUUGUAUGCAAUCUCGCUAGCAUUAAGAAUUGACCUCGGUUUCUGUCUGAACACACCUUUGAGUGAACUGGAAACAGGUGACGGCAGUAGUUAUGUGAAGAAUGAAAACUCCUCACAUGCAGCUAAUGCUGAAUAAGGCCAUGCCACUUUUGCUAAAUUAAUAUUCAACUCACCUUGACUUCCAUUCGACACGAGUAAUGACGAAUCUUUGCUUGGCAUAGAGUUCAACUUUGGUCAAAUCCGUCAGGGGUCUUCAUUAGCUCAUGUGUGACCUUGCCCUAAACUGAUCAUCAUUGUCGGGUUGAAGUUCCAAACAUUGUUGGAUGCAGUCCCACAUGUGCACCACGGAAAAGAGGUUUUUGGAACCCGACAAUGAUUUAAUUUGAAGCAUUCUAAAGUGGCAGAGCAAAAUAAAAUUCACCUUCUAGCGCAACAAGCUAGGUAGCAUAGUGGCUACUUGUGGGGCUAAUUUGCAAGCCAACCAGUUGCAUCUAGCAAGCCAGCUAGCUUGGUCGCUAACAGCCAGUUAACACAGUUCACUCAAGAGGCCACUCUGUACCAUAGUGUGUAUGGUACCACACGGCUAAUACCAUAGCCUGCUUCUUUUUGGAUCUAUGUUCUCUUAAAAGUCAGAACGUGAUUGGUCAGGGGCACACAUUUCCUCUGAAAUGAAUUGUUUUGCUACUUUGGCUCGGCUACAUACAGGAUAAAGAUCUAGAUGCAAAGACGGAUCGUGCUUGGUUCUGAAGGAAGCAUUAACUGCUCAACACUUGGGGGAGAAGAGGAGUACUGGCAGGUGACUUAAUUCCACAUAUAGACGUCAGAGCUGGGUUGGAGGCGGGGUUGUGAGAACAGCAGUAUACAGGGUUCAUUUGACUUUUUUAGUUUUCAUCUCAUACAUUAAAAGCAAGCGACGUGACAACAUGCUGUAACAUUUGGCACGGGGGCUUCCUGGAUACACUAAAUAUUACAGAGCAGAUGCAUAGAGGGGGCAAAGAUUUAACUUAAAUGAAAGCGAUUGGCAACAUUCUGCAUUGAUCUUACAAUUUAUUGUUGUUGUGGUUUUAUUGUUUGUUUUAUUUACUCAUCGAUACUUCUGAAGGAGACGUGUAUAAUUUGCUUAAAUUCUCAUGCUCAGCAGGUGACAGAUAGCUUUUAGGAUUUCAUUUCUUGCUUGUUUGCAGAUGGAGCUGAGGUGGAGGUGUGCCCUUUUCUGGCUGCCAAGGCACACAGGGGGCGCUGCUGCUGCUGCUGCUGCUGCUGCUGCUGCUGCUGCUGCUGCUGCUGCUGCUGCUGCUGCUGCUGCUGCUGCUCCUUCCCUGAGAACGACCUGUUGUAAUCGUGUCACAUUCGGACGGUUAGCGAUUUCUUAUUUGUCCCUGUGCAUUUUGGGUUUCUGAUCAGAUGCUUUAGUUUGCCAGUUGUGAUUAUUUUUUUCACAUUUGAGUCCCUUACAAUCAUUACUCGCUAUACUUUUAAUAAACAAGGCCAUAUUUUCAAGAACAGGAUAAAGGAGGCACUUUAUUUGAAGUAUACUGAAGCUUUCAUGUUCAACAAAGCAAAAGACCUUUCUACAUUUUUAAAGAAAUGUUAAUAAUCAUGGACACGGACACAGGAAGAAUUCCCAUAUCAUUUAAAACUCCUAAAGGCAUCUUAAAGAAGCAGUGGUUCAGAGUAAACUUGUACUUCAGCGUGACAUUUCAUUCUAUAGGUCAUAUUUACUUGAGAGGAACAUAUUCAAUCCGUCUUGCAAGACAUAUAUGUGAACAGAUUUGAUGUUCUGUUAGGACCUUGCUAGCCGGUUGUCAUUAAAUGACUCCUGUUGGCAUAGUAACGUUGAAAUGGCAAAGGUAUGAGAGUGUGUACAUGCCUGGAGCGCUUCUCGUAACUGUGUUAGGUCUAUUUCCAGGGAAACUACGAGGAGUGUGAGGAAAAGAGCUUCUGUAGAGGGGCCUCCACACUGACGUAGAACUCUGAGACCUCAGCAAUCUGAGCCCUAACCCUUCACCCCCCCCCCCCCUCACAAAGAACUGGAAACAAGCAUUAGGGCCUUCUAAGAACUCACUUUGUUUUGACUUCACUCGGUUAUCUGUGGCUCCUACACAUGCUGAACUAAAGGAAUUUAGUCUGCGUCAUCCCUUGUGUUGUGUUCGGGGGUGUCUGGAGAUUCUGGGACUGACUGGUCUUGGUUUGCAGACCGGAUAUGAACUCCCAAUUCAAGGCAACCCUUUACUGAUACAUUUGAUAAAUCUGAUUUCAGGCACAACAGCGACACAAAACCUGAAUAUAGUGGAGUCCACAUUGUGUGUGUGUGUGUGUGUGUGUGUGUGUGUGUGUGUGUGUGUGUGUGUGUGUGUGUGUGUGUGUGUGUGUGUGUGUGUGUGUGUGUGUGUGUGUGUGUGUGUGUGUGUGUGUGUGUGUGUGUGUGUUCAUUUUCCACUGAUGUAUGUUUUUUUUAUCCAGCCCUGUGAAGAGAAACUGGCAUACAGUAGUUUGCUUUGCAGGACUUUAAUCUCACAUUAAGAGGAAGGGAGGAAGGAAACAGCUGUGUGGAUCAGGGUCAGGGUUGCGUGUAACAUUCCUGAAGCUUUAUGGACACAUGUUGGCAUCCCGGUAUCACACUUGAGUAGAUGCAGAACAAGCAAACCUAACACUUGAGACACACACACCCUGGAUUUUGUCCUUUUUUAAAUCUUUCUUUCAACAAGUCUUGUUAUUCUACUGAUUUUAAUGUAUUCAUUGAAUACUGUGUUGUCUAGUCGAUGGAAGAAUGAGAAGGGGAAUCUGAAUUGGGUGGGGGUGGGGCUUAUGAAUGUGAUUCUGAUGAAAAUACACUUUUCUUUCUUUCUUUUUGUAUUGAUUUUGGGUGAAAGGGGGUGUUUUUGUCCAUGUCAUUUGCACACUUGUCCAUGGCUGUUCAAUGGCUUAUUAAAGGCACUCACUAGGUGUUGUUGUUAAUAAAAAGCACCGGGCAGGAGCUGCCUGUCACUCA